AAAUUGAGAGCUUGUCGAGUGAAGAACUUGAAGAAGAUUAAUUCUCAUAUUUGCUUUGUAGUCUACUUCUUUAUUUUUUUAAUCAACAAAGAAGAGAAUUCACAGCAAAGAAAAGAUAAUUGCGUAACGUUUUCCUAUUCUUUAAGUUGGGACUUAAAAAAAGUGUAAUAAAAGACUUAUUUCUUAUAAAGACUGAGAAAUUCGUUUUAUAUUUGAGAUUGAGAAUAAUAUACCUAUGUAUAUAGGAAGGUCGUUUUUGUGCAAGUGAAUAAGACUUUUUUUACGUCUCAAAAGGAGAGUUCCAAAAAAAAGAGUGAACAAAGGUCUUUGUUAAGAAGGAAAAACAACAAAAAAUAUUUUUAAAAAAAAAAACUGGAAUAACUUGUGAGGAAAUUUAUGCAAAUGCAUGAUUUUUUUACUGAAUAAAUUGAAGUGAAAAUUGGUGCUUUGCUUUGGAGUUUCAUUGAAACAAUUUAGCAAGAAAGUGGGAAGUAACGAAUGUUCACCACAAUACAUAGGUGACAGUAUAGGACAAGUGAAUGAUAAUAAUUUUUCAUUGGAAUUUACCAGUUUGGCAACAGUCUUAACGAAUCUUUUCGCAAACACGGUCUUGACACCGGUUGACACUGCCAAGAAAUUGGUAGAAGUGUGAAUGCAAUAGGUGAAAUUAAACGGUAAUUAAGCAGAUUGCCUAAAAAAGGACACUAAUCAAUCUCCACAAGUCAGGAGCACAUCCAAUAGAGAUUGAUAUGAUAUAAAUUUACAAGUCAGCAGAGUACACAAAGUUGGAUUAAAAAUCCCAUUUAAAACAUCAAAAUUUGGUGUAAUGUGGUAGUAGAAAAAGAAAAUUUGCAAAGUCAAAAAAAAACACAAGGUGUAAUAGUGUGGCACAGUGUUAAAAAAAACAAAAUUAUAUUAUUAGAUUGAGUGGUGUUGUUACUGCAUAAAAAUUAGCAGAACAAUUAGUGAUAACCAAAAAAUAAACUCUUUAAAGCAGAGAUCAUUAAACAAAAAACGUAUCUUUUAUAUCUGCGUACUGCGCAACAUUUGACGAUUACUCGGUAGAGGAUAAAAGAAAAUGGAACGUGAAUCAAAUCCAAUGCAACCAAUGUGCAGAUCUGGAUGUGGUUUCUACGGAAAUCCAGCUACAGAUGGUCUAUGUUCAGUCUGCUACAAGGAUUCAUUAAGAAAAAAGCAACAGCCACCUGUUAGCAGUACUCCUGUUCCUGCUUCAGCCAGCCCCACUGGUGGAUCCAGCAAUGUUGGCACAAUUACAGUUGUAUCACAGUCGCAAACACAGAAUUUCGCCAGCGCCGUCACAGUCACUAGUACAGCUCAGCCAACAGUGCAGAGUUUGCAACAGCACAAUGAAAUUAAAGAUAAAUUGACCAGCGAUGAUUCAACUUCCACAACUGCAGGCGCAGCUGCAAUAAGCAGCAAUGAGCAGGAUGAUAAGGAGGAUGAUAAAGAGUCAAAGAAAAAGAAGAACCGCUGUGCCGUUUGCCGCAAAAAGGUUGGAUUAACAGGUUUUGAAUGCCGUUGUGGCGGCCUGUUCUGCGCCAUCCAUAGAUAUAGUGAUAAACACGACUGUACAUUUGAUUAUCGAGAACAUGGAGCUCAAGAAAUUAGGCGCAAUAAUCCCGUGGUAGUUGGUGAGAAAAUUCAAAAAAUUUGAACUCUUGUGCCAUCUUUUCAAUGAAAUAAUCAAUAUAUAAUAUUAAUGAAGAAAAAAAACUAUAAUUAUAAAAGAAAGAAAUUAUUGAUUUAAGUGAGAAGAAACUGAAAAUGCGUUUUUUGAGAAAAUGAAAGUAAAAAGGAAAAAAAAACAUUACAUAUGCAUAUAUUAUCUAAUAACUAUUAAUUCACUAAAUAUUGAGAAAAAAAUCAUGUGGUAAAAAAUUUAGGUUUUUGUUCUAAAAAAAAAAAGAAAAUUCAAAUUACAUUUAAAACAUGUUUGGGAAAUGCAACAUAAGAAUGAAAUUCUCAUAGAACAUACAACAUGUUUCAGAUUUUUUUUUUGUGUAGAAAUGAUUAUUUUUUCAUAAUUUUUUUUUUAAUAAAAUUCCAUACCAAAAUUUGUUAUAAUAAAAAAACAACAUGCAGUAAAUCACAAAACCCUUAUUAAAUUUAUGACUAUCUCUGCAACAGGAAUAAACUUGCGUAACAUAAACCAAACCAAUACUAAUAUUUUGUUUUUUUUUUUAAUAUUUUUUUUCAUUAACAUAACACAAUACACCUCAAUUUCCAGCGCCAGGAAAUCCUUUUUUUUUUUGUUUACACUGUGUACAGAAACAAGAAUUAUACAACAUGCUAUCAGCUUUUGAAAAAGAAAAGAAAGAAAAAAAGAGAAGAAAUGGCAAAUAAUCCACAAAACAUCAAACUAAUCAGAAUUUGACUUGCAUAUAGUAAUAGACAAAAAUUUAUUUAUAUGUAUAAACAUUUAUAUAUUGUAACUUGAAUGAAAUAUACAGGAAGUGGAUAAAAGUAUA